AUUAAACACUCAUUAUUACUCCAUCAACGCGUUCGCCACCAGCCAACUAAUCCCUAAAUCCUCCCCUCCGUCCCUUCCCCCUUCCCCUUUCCACGCACGACCACGCCGAUCUUCCGCCGGAGGGGGAGCGGCCGGCUGCCGGCGCGAUUUUUGGCGGCGCCUGGAAGCCUAGCGGCGACGGCCCAACGUAAAUUCCAGGGUAGCAUGUAUCUGGAAAGAAGAAGGUGAAUGUUGCCCACUGGAAUCCGAUCCCUGCGUGUUCUUUGAGAUUGUGGAAGGCUGUGAAAACUUAUAGCUUGACCGUGGCACUUUUCUUCCAGAAUGCCAGGCUUAUCUCUGGCAGUUCGUGAGACCAUGAAUCAUGGUUGCAGUUGCAGCCAAUCAAGGACUGAUCAGAUGUGCCAUCAGCAGUCUCGAGUUCGACUGACAGCUGAAGAGCAACUUGCAGCUGAAGAAAGUCUUUCUGUAUACUGCAAACCUGUUGAACUUUAUAAUAUACUUCAACGUAGGGCAAUACAAAAUCCUUCAUUUCUUCAGAGAUGUUUGCAGUACAAGAUGCAAGCAAAGCGCAAAAGGAGAAUUCAAAUAAUCAUUUCACUGAUUGGAAGUCUGAACGCUGAGAAAGAACAUUUGUUCCCUCUCUAUGUGCUAUUAGCUAGAUCUGUUGCUGAUACUGCAGUUGCAGAGCAUUCUGCAGUAUAUCGACUCAGUCGCCCUUGUGUCCUAACUAAUUUCAGUGAGUUUGGGAAAAAGGCUCAUAUGGAAGCCAGUUUUGUUAUUCCUGAGAUUAAGAAACUGAUAACCAAUGCACGAGCUAACAAUCUCAACAUUAUUAUCAUCAGCAAAGGGGAAUCAAAAGGUGGUUUUGGUGGAAAUCAUCUAUUGAAUGAACAUGAAGAAUGGUCUUCUUUUCUAAAACUUGAAGGGAAUUGCCUUUGUGGAAAAAUACCAGUUGAUUCACUUUGUUUGUCAUUAGAGAAAUGUGUGACCUUGAGCUUAGGACAUAGAACUGACAUGCUUUCAGCUGUUAAUAUGCAACCAAGCAUUUUGGAGCCUAAAUAUUUGGGCAAGAAUGACUGCAUAUUUUUGCAAACUCAAAAUAUAGAUUCAGCGAAUACCUGCCAAGUUAAAGUCAGCAUAUGUGCUCAAGAGGUGGGAGCAAGUGAGACAUCUCCUUAUGACUUUUACUCAUAUGAUGAUAUUCCAACAUCAUCUUUACCUCAAAUUAUCAGAUUGAGGAUGGGGAAUGUUCUGUUUAACUAUAGAUACUACAACAACAUGCUGCAAAAAACUGAAGUUACGGAGGACUUCUCUUGUCCUUUUUGUUUGGUGAAGUGUUCAAGCUUUAAGGGGCUGAGAUAUCAUUUGAAUUCUAAUCAUGACCUUUUCAAUUUUGAGUUCUGGGUAACCGAGGAGUAUCAAGCUGUGAAUGUUUCCGUGAGGACUGAUAUUUGGAGAUCAGAGGUUGCAUCAGAUGGAGUUGAUCCUAGGCUGCAAACUUUUUUCUAUUGCUCAAACUUAAUGAGAAGUAGAAGAUCGAAGAAUAGUGUUCAGACUGCAAGUCAUGUGCAUCCACAUGUUUUGGAAUCAGGCUUGCCUGAAGCAGCUUUAGAAGGUUCCCGUGAAGAUUAUGAUAACAAAGACAAUGGAACAUGCUCCUCUCAAAGGCCUCAUGCAUAUACAACGAGUGCUUCGCUUACAAAUGGAUGUGAUGGGUGCACAAGACAUAUAUUAUCUUGCCCUGAUACAAUAGGUGCAUGUGUUGUGACAACUCAAGGUUCUACCAGCAAUGAUUCUGGUCAGCAAGCAUCUGGAAAUAAUCUAGCAUCACAAAAUAUGCUGCAGUUUUCUAAGAUGCGAAAGAUAUCUGAUGAACGAGCUGAUCCCAGAAAUCGUGCUCUGCUACAAAAACGUCAGUUCUUUCAUUCCCAUAGAGCUCAGCCAAUGGCAUUGGAGCAAGUAUUUUUAGAUCGGGAUAGUGAAGAUGAAGUUGAUGAUGACAUUGCUGAUUUUGAAGAUAGAAGAAUGCUUGAUGAUUUUGUGGAUGUGACGAAGGAUGAGAAGCAAAUUAUGCAUCUGUGGAAUUCUUUUGUUCGGAAACAAAGGGUUCUGGCUGAUGGUCACAUAUCAUGGGCUUGUGAGGCAUUCUCUCAAAUUCACGGGCAAGAGCUUGUGCGAUCUCCAGCUUUAAUGUGGUGUUGGAGGUUAUUUAUGAUCAAACUUUGGAAUCAUAGUCUCUUAGAUGCACGCACCAUGAACAAUUGUAGCUUAAUACUCGAAAGAAAUCAAAAUGAGGCCUUGGGCGCCAAGCAAAACUAAGAUCUGGGAGACCAGUGAGGAACCAGAAUUACUUCAUGCUAACUUACACCCGUACCAUUUUUUGGAAAGGUUUCCUAUCUGAUUUGUUUCUAUAUUUGAUGUAACUUCUUUGGGGUAUUAUUGUUUACAAUCAUAGUGUUGCCAGGGGAGAGAAAAGGCCUUCACUAGCCUGCAAUUGUCACCUUAUAUGAAUGUUCGCAUAUUCUUUCAGCUCAGAAGGGCAAGUAAUAUUGCAUAAUUUAUCGA